AUGAGUCUAGUCGGCAAUUUCACAACCAACAUGGACCGCGAGGCUGUAUCCGGCGGCGUUCCACCACCAGAGAUGGGCGGCAGACAGCCUUCCCACUACAACGACAACGAGCAAGCAGAGUCAGAUGCAUCCACAAUAGCAGCUGUCGAGGGCUCGCCACAAAGUCACAACAACCACACCGACCGCAAGGAUGGAUCUUACAACACACAUGACGCCGACGAAAUCGCCGAGGCUGCUCGGAGAGAAGAGGCCGUUCACCAAUUGGCCCGCAGACUUACCUCGCAGAGUCAACAAUCUGCAGCAAACCAAAAUCCCUUCAACGCGGCACCCAAUUCCGCUCUGGACCCCCAUGGCGAGCACUUCAACGCACGAGCAUGGACCAAGGCUAUGCUGAACCUACAGCUGAAUGACGAGAAUGCGCCUCCUACACGAACUGCGGGUGUAUCUUUCCGCGAUCUCAACGUCCACGGUUUCGGAACCGACACCGAUUACCAAAAGACUGUUGGCAACGUGUGGUUAGAUGGACCUGCGCUUGUCAAGAAGAUCAUGGGUGACAAGGGCCGCAAGAUCGACAUUUUGCAGCACUGUGAUGGUUUGGUCGAGGCUGGCGAGAUGUUGGUCGUUCUUGGACCUCCUGGAUCUGGUUGCUCGACUUUCCUCAAGACUAUUACUGGAGAGACGCACGGCUUUGUCGUCGACUCAAGCUCGCACAUCAACUACCAGGGUGUCAGCCCAGAGCUCAUGAACAAGAACUACCGCGGUGAAGCCAUCUACACUGCCGAAGUCGAUGUUCAUUUCCCUAUGAUGACUGUUGGAGAGACUCUUUACUUUGCUGCUCAAGCUCGUCGGCCAAGGAACAUUCCAGGCGGCGUCAGUGUAAAACAGUACGCCGAGCACCAGCGCGAUGUCAUCAUGGCCUUGUAUGGAAUUUCUCACACCGUCAACACUCGUGUCGGUAACGACUUCCUUCGUGGUGUCUCUGGUGGAGAGCGAAAGCGUGUCACCAUCGCCGAAGCCUCCCUCAGCAGAGCGCCACUGCAAGCGUGGGACAACUCCACCCGUGGUCUUGAUUCCGCCAACGCCAUCGAGUUCUGUAAGACCCUCCGCAUGGAGACCGAGAUCAACGGCACCACCGCCUGUGUCGCUAUCUAUCAGGCACCCCAGGCUGCCUACGACCUCUUCGACAAGGUACUUGUGCUCUACGAGGGUCGCCAAAUCUUCUUCGGAAAGACCACCGACGCGAAGGCCUUCUUCGUCAACAUGGGUUUCCUCUGCCCUGACCGUCAGACCGAUGCCGAUUUCUUGACUUCCAUGACCAGUCCUUUGGAGCGUAUUGUUCGCGAGGGCUUCGAGAACCGUGUCCCACGCACUCCGGAUGAGUUCGCGCAACGCUGGGCCGAGUCCGCAGAGCGAGCAGCUCUCCUUCAAGAGAUCGAAGCCUACGAGCAAAAGUACCCCAUUGGUGGCGAGGCUGGCCAGCGCUUCAAGGAAUCGCGCCAGCUGCAGAAGGCCAAGGGUCAGCGCGAGAAGUCCCCAUACACUCUCUCGUACAUGCAGCAGGUCAAGCUUUGCUUGUGGCGAGGCUUCGUUCGCUUGAAGGCUGACCCCAGUAUCACCAUCACGCAACUCAUCGCCAACUCCAUCAUGGGUCUUGUCAUCUCGUCCGUCUUCUACAACCUCCAGCCUACCACUUCGAGUUUCUACUCUCGAUCCGCCCUUCUCUUCUUCGCCAUCCUGAUGAACGCUUUCGGUUCCGCCCUCGAGAUCCUGACCCUUUACGCUCAACGUCCCAUUGUUGAAAAGCACUCUCGUUACGCCCUGUACCACCCGUCCGCUGAAGCCUUUGCCAGUAUGUUGACCGACAUGCCAUACAAGAUUGUCAAUUCCAUCACCUUCAACUUGGUCCUGUACUUCAUGACGAACCUCCGACGAGAGCCCGGCAACUUCUUCUUCUUCGUCCUCAUCUCCUUCACAUUGACACUCGUCAUGUCCAUGUUCUUCCGUUCCAUCGCCUCCCUGUCCCGCUCUCUUGUCCAGGCUCUCGCACCCGCCGCCAUCCUCAUUCUGGGUCUCGUCAUGUACACUGGUUUCGCUAUCCCUCCCAGCUACAUGCUGGGCUGGUCCAAGUGGAUCCGCUACAUCAACCCUGUCAGUUACGGUUUCGAGGCUCUCAUGGUCAACGAGUUCCACAACAGGCAAUUUGAGUGCAACGAGUUCAUUCCUUUCGGCCCCGGCUACGAAGACAUUUCUGGUGUUCAACAAGCUUGCAGGACCAUCGGCUCUGUUCCCGGACAGCCAUUCGUCAGUGGUGAUGCUUACAUCAACUCGGCCUUCAACUACUACGCAAAGAACAAGUGGCGCAACUUCGGCAUCAUGUGGGUCUUCAUGUUCGGUCUCAUGGGUGUCUACCUCGCUGGUACUGAAUUCAUCACCGCCAAGAAGUCCAAGGGUGAAGUCCUUGUCUUCCAGCGUAGCCACAAACUCCCUGCGCCCAAGAGCAAGUCCGAAGAAGAUCUGGAAGCCGCUCAACCCGCCCGCAAUGCCUCUGUUCAGAACAGCUCCGACGACAUCGCCAUUAUCGAGCGCCAAACCGCCAUCUUCCAGUGGGAAGACGUCUGCUACGAUAUCACUAUCAAGAAGGAGCCUCGCCGUAUCCUCGACCACGUUGAUGGAUGGGUCAAGCCGGGUACUUUGACUGCGCUUAUGGGUGUCUCUGGUGCUGGUAAAACGACUCUCUUGGAUUGCUUGGCUACACGUACUACUAUGGGUGUCAUUACCGGUCAGAUGCUGGUCGAUGGCAAGCCUCGUGACGACUCUUUCCAGCGCAAGACAGGUUACGCUCAGCAGCAAGAUCUCCAUCUUUCCACCUCGACCGUCCGUGAAGCCCUCACCUUCUCCGCCGUCCUCCGCCAACCCGCACACGUCUCUCGUCAAGAGAAGGUCGAAUACGUCGAGGAGGUUAUCAAGCUUCUGGAGAUGACUGAAUACGCUGAUGCCAUCGUCGGUGUCCCCGGUGAAGGUCUCAACGUUGAGCAGCGCAAGCGUCUUACUAUCGGUGUGGAACUGGCUGCUAAGCCUGCUCUUCUUCUCUUCUUGGACGAACCCACCUCUGGACUCGACUCGCAAACCUCUUGGGCUAUUCUCGAUCUCUUGGACAAGUUGAAGAAGAACGGUCAGGCUAUUCUCUGCACCAUCCACCAGCCUAGUGCCAUGUUGUUCCAACGCUUCGAUCGUCUUCUCUUCUUGGCCCGUGGUGGACGCACUGUCUACUAUGGAGAUGUCGGUGAAAACUCGCACGUCCUAGUCGAUUACUUCGUUCGCAACGGUGGUCCUCCUUGCCCGCCUGCCGCCAACCCUGCUGAAUGGAUGUUGGAAGUCAUUGGAGCCGCUCCCGGUUCGCACACAGACAUCGACUGGCACCAGACCUGGCGCGACUCCGCUGAGUACCGUGAGGUCAAGCGCCAUCUCGCCGAACUCAAAUCCGAACGUGGCCAAGCCGAGGCUCUUCAACGCACCAUGUCUGCUCAGAAGCGAGAGGACAAGGCUGCCUAUCGCGAGUUCGCCGCCCCCUUCAUGGUUCAACUUCGCGAGACCAUGUCCCGUGUCUGGACCCAGUACUGGCGCACACCCUCGUACAUCUACUCCAAGACCUUCCUCUGCACGCUCUCGGCCCUCUUCAUCGGUUUCUCCCUCUUCCAGAUGCCCAAUACCCAGACUGGUCUCCAGAACCAAAUGUUCGGUAUCUUCAUGUUGCUGACAAUCUUCGGUCAAUUGGUCCAACAGAUCAUGCCUCACUUCGUCACUCAGCGUGCUUUGUACGAGGUCCGCGAACGCCCCAGUAAGACCUACUCUUGGAAGGCCUUCAUGAUCUCCAACAUCGCUGUCGAACUCCCAUGGAACUCGCUCAUGGCCGUGAUCAUCUACUUCUGCUGGUACUACCCCAUUGGCCUGUACAACAACGCAGCGCAAACCGACAAGGUCACCUACCGUGGUUUCCAAUUCUUCCUCUUCGUCUGGAUGUUCCUGAUCUUCACGUCGACAUUCACACACAUGGUCAUCGCUGGUAUCGACUCCGCUGAGACUGGUGGCAACAUUGCCAACUUGAUGUUUUCGCUCUGCUUGAUCUUCUGUGGUGUCCUUGCCCAGCCUUCCACCUUCCCCCGCUUCUGGAUCUUCAUGUACCGCGUCUCGCCCUUUACGUACAUGGUGUCUGGAUUGCUGUCUGUCGGCCUGGCCAACGCCAAUGUGCAGUGCGCGCAGAACGAGUUGAUUCACUUCGACCCUCGCGAAGGCGAAAACUGCGGUCAAUACAUUGAGGCCUGGAAAGCAUCUGCCGGUGGUAAGAUGACCAACCCCGAGGCCAUGACCGACUGCAACUUCUGCGCUAUCGAGGACACCAAUGUUUUCCUGCGCAGCAUCUCUUCCGACUACGGCGACGCCUGGCGCAACUUUGGUAUCCUCUGGGUCUACGUCAUCUUCAACGUCGUCGCCGCCCUCGCCUUCUACUACCUCCUCCGCAUGCCCAAGCCCAAGAAGGAGAAGAAGAACAAGAAGGAAGUCGGUGCCCACGCCGGCGCCGUCAAGGAACAGCAUCUCGACCAGCCCUCGCACGUCGGCAGCAGCCUCAACUCCAACACCGAGCAACACGCCGAGAAGAACACCGAGACCGCGCGGUACGCUUCCAUUACCGGAACGACCACACCACCGGCUCAAGCACAUGAGAUCUCAGAAAAAGCAUAA